UCUUCGUUCAACAACAACCGCCUAGCAAUGUCCAACAAAACCUGUUGCCGCGGUCCCGGUUACGCAACCCCACUGGAUGCCAUGAGAAGUGGUCCCCGGGAGAAGCUACUCUACACGGUCACCGUUCAGCCCAACUUGGACGAGCCCCACGGCGAUUACCUGUCCACGGUCGAUGUGGAUCCCGAGAGCCCCACCUACUGCCAGAUAGUGCAUCGGACAUUUACAAACCGGAAAGGUGAUGAGCUGCAUCACUCUGGCUGGAACGCUUGCUCCAGUUGCUAUUAUGUGGACGAGAAUUCCAAGAGUGUGCCAAAAAGAGACAGACUGGUGCUGCCGGCCCUGAACUCCGACUUUGUGUAUAUACUCGAUGUGGUGACGGAUCCCCGAAAGCCAGAGAUAAUCAAGACAAUCGAUGGUGAUGUGUUGAAGAGUCACAAUGUUACGGGUCCACAUACGACCCACUGUUUGGCCAAUGGCAAUAUCAUGAUAUCCAUAAUGGGCGAUGCCGAAGGAUAUGCCAAAGGAGACUUUAUCCUCUUCGAUUCGGAAUUCAAUUGCAUCGGCACUUGGACGAAGGGCGACAAGAAGGCCUUAUGUGGCUACGAUUUCUGGUAUCAGCCGUAUUUCGAUGUGAUGGUCUCGUCCGAAUGGGGAGCACCCAAUAAAUGGCGACGUGGCUGGAAGAAUGGUGACCUUGAUGAUUUGACCCAAUAUGGCUGUCGGUUGAACUUCUACAAAUGGUCCACGCAGACUCUAUACCAAACUAUUGAUCUGGGAGCGGAUGGCAUAACGCCCUUGGAGAUUCGUUUCCUACAUGACCCUAAACGCCCCGAAGGAUUCGUUGGCUGUGCCCUGAAUGCCAAGGUGUUCUACUUCAAAAAGAAGGCUGAUUCCGAUGAGUUCGAGGCCAAGAAAGUGAUAGACAUUCCGUGCAAACUAGUUGAUACCGGCAAUGGAAAGGCGGAGGACAUGGGCGGCAUGAUCUCGGACAUAAUUAUAUCGUUGGAUGACCGAUUCCUCUAUGUCAACUGCUGGCGACAUGGGGAUGUAAGGCAAUAUGACAUUACCGAUCCCGAGAAUCCGAAGCUAACAGGCCAGCUUUUCCUGGGAGGUGCCAUUUGCAGUGAUCUGCCCAAUGUGAUUGUUAAGGAGGACAAGGAACUCAAGGAAAGACCCCCAGCUCGAUAUGUUAAGGGUCGACGAUUGGAAGGCGGACCUCAAAUGAUGCAGCUUUCACUGGAUGGCAAGCGUUUGUAUGUCUCGUCAUCUUUAUAUUCUCCCUGGGAUAAGCAGUUUUAUCCAAAAAUGGUCUCGCAAGGCGGUCAUAUUGUCCUUAUCGAUGUGGAUACUGUGAAUGGUGGCAUAUCCUUAAAUGAAGACUUUUUGGUGGACUUCGGAAAAGAGCCAUAUGGUCCCAGUUUGCCACAUGAAAUGCGAUAUCCUGGUGGUGAUUGCACUUCCGACAUUUGGCUGGCUAAUGAUGCUUAAGCCAUCCUUUUGCCGUACAAACUUAUAUAUAUAUAUAUAUAUGUAUAUUAACAUAAACAAAGCUUUAAUAAAA